AUGCACGAGAGAGGAUCAGGAGACAUUAACCGGCAAGGCCAAGCUAAGGAGACGAAGCUAGAAAGAUGUCUGCAGAGUCGUCAGGGCGAUAUUGAAGAUUUGAAGUCAAACAUUUCCAGUGAUUCAUUGAAGACCAGAGACUUCUCAGACCUCUGGGAUGAGGAAGAACUGGACAGCACUGAAGACGAAGGAAUCAACUCUACAGAUGAAAGAUUAUAUGGUGUUCUAACGCCUCCACCACCUCCUCCUCCUCUCGACCAAAAACGCUUCUUAGCCACCCCGAAGAGAGCUGCCAAUAAAUGUGCCACCCUGAAGCUUCACUGGAGGGCUCUGCCGAGUUUGGUCCCACUUCCCAGGAGGACUCGCUUUGGAACUCAGACCAUUUGGGCCGGACUUGAGCCAGUCCACUUGGAUACGGAUUGGCUGGAGUUGCUGUUUGAAUGGAAGGGCAAAAGCACCUGCUUGAGAGUGGCCGAGCGGAAACAAGCGGUAGUGUCAGUGUUGGGAAUGACGAGGAGUAACAAUAUCACUAUCACCAUGAGCCGCCUGCCACCCCUGCGUCUCCUUCCCCCUGCUAUAUACAGCAUGGACAUCAGUGUGCUGGACCGAGAGGACAUUCAGCGGCUUCAAACUCUUAUCCCAACCGAGGAAGAGCUCUGUCUGAUCAAAGAGGCUAAGACUCAGAACCCCAGUUGCCCUCUGGCCACAGCCGAGCUCUGCCUUCAGGCUUUGGGGGAGAUCCCUCAUCUGAGCUCCAGGCUUAACCUAUGGGCCUUCGCAUUGGAUUACGACUCUUUGGAACAGGAGAUCGCCGAGCCACUCUUCCACCUGAAAGUGGCCAUGGAGCAGCUGGUAGCUAGCGAGACCUUCAGACACAUUCUUGCGACAGUGUUAGCCAUUGGUAACUUCCUCAACGGAUGUAAGGCUCGCGGUUUCGAGUUGAGCUACCUGGGCAAGCUUUCCCAGGUGAAAGACACACGUUCCCGCCAGCCUCUGCUGCAUCAUGUAUGCGUGCUCCUGUUGCAGCUCUACCCACAGUCCUCGGAUCUCUACUCGGAACUGACAGCGGUUAGCAAAGCUGGCAAGUGUGACUACUCCCUGGUCCAAGCCAAUCUAGACCACCUCUGUGACGUCUGCAAAGUUUCAUGGCAGCAGAUGAAGAUGUUAGAUAGAGCAGAGGAAUGUAAAUUGUUAAAGAGGGAGCAGAGGAGACUGUUAGUGGGAGGAGGUGAACGCUUAGGACAGAAUGGGGCGCUCCGUCACAGGCUUUCACAUAUCCUGAGGGAGUGUGAGGACAGGAUGAAGGUCUUGAGAGCUGUCCAUCGGAGGGUUGUCAACCGGUUCCACUCAUUCCUCUUGUUCCUGGGUUACUCUAAAGCAAUGGCACGAGAAACCAGAGCCGAGGACUUCUGUAGAACAAUAAGUAACUUCUCUCUCGAGUUCCGGGCCGCUCAGCAGACCAUUCUGCUUCAGAGGGAGCGUGCAGCUGCAAGUCCAAGUCCAAACACUCCUGCAAGAAGAGGGAAACCAUCUCCAAAACAUGUACAAGCACAGAAACAAUGGCCUACAGGCUCUGUGUUACUUAAUCAGGAAAGUGAGCAACACCGCAAUCUGGAGGCCGUGCUGACUUCAACCGACUUCACCUCCAAGCUGGAUGUGACGCUGCCUCGGCACCGCAGGAGGAUGCUAAACAACCAAGGUCCACUCUCAGCAAAAUUGAAGCGGUAACCCUGCUGGUGGAGAGCUAACCAGAUGAAGUGACGUCUCAAAUAUAUAGUUUGAACAGUUAACUUUACAUACAACAACUUGAGAGUAUUGAAGAAA